AUGCAUAUUGCCAACGCCGGUCUGCGGCGCGAGCCCGGAGCUACCAACAACAACGGGGAUGGGAACAAGCAUCCGGACGGCCACGCGAAAGUCGACUCGCCCACCAUGGGGCGGGCAGAGGGGCGUGAUAAGCCUAUCAGAGGGGCUGACGAUAACCGCACCGAGUAUAACCGCACCGAGGACAACCGCACGAUAAACGUUAGGACCGGAGGGCGGGUGCUGACCCCCGAGGAGCACUGGCGGCGCUACCGGCCGCAGCUGGCGACGCGGUACGGGCACUGGCGAUUCUGGUUACCAGCGCAGGGGCGAGAGGCGAAGCUGUCGCUGGAGCUGCUGCGCGAAAUCACACCCGCGGAGGUGGAGAGCGGUGCAGAGGAGUACGUGCUGCGGGUAAGAUGCUCAUGUCCCUACCCCUGUCCCUACCCCUGUCCCUACCCCUGUCCCUACCCCUGUCCCGGCCCUUGUCCCUGCCUCUGUCCCUGCCCCUGCCUCUGUCCCUGCCCCUGCCUCUCUUACCCUCUCUCUGUCUCCUCCCGCACAGCACGAGCAGUUCAAGCGGUGGCGGGACUUACCAAGCAACGUGGCGGAGGGCGCGUGGCCCUUCUCCUCACUUCAACUGGAAAGAGGACUUGUGAGCCAAGGUGGCAGAAGGCGCAUGGUUGUCCUCCUGUGAAGCAGCUGGGCGACUACCCAUCUCCUUCCCCUCACCCCUCUCUCUCCACGCAUGGCUAUCCACCCAUCUCCUUCCCCUCACCCCUCUCUCUCCACCCCCUCUCCUUCACUCUCACUCUCUCCUUUGCUCCUUCCCCGCACAGCACGAGCAGUUCAACCGGCAGGGGGACUUCCCAGCCAAGGUGGCAGAGGGCGCGUGGCCCUUUUAAUAUGCGCGCGCCAGCCAUGCCAGCGGCAUCGCGCUGCCCUAUGGCAUCUACAGCCACACCAAUUCACUUUCUCCUCCCCCAUGAUCCCUCCGCACAGCACAAGCAGUUCAAGAGGAAAGGUGAUUUCCCAGCCAAGGUGGCGGAGGGCGCGUGGCCCUUCUCCUGUGCGCGCGCCAGCCAUGCCAACGGCAUCGCCCUGCCCUAUGGCAUCUACAGCCAUGGCGCACACGUGCUCUGCCCCAGCGCACUGCUCAACGUGGCCUUUUCGGAAGCUUCCUUGUCGCUGAGGCAAGACGACACUGUCCUACCAACAGACAUGCACAACAAGUCGCACACUAGUGGCAGUGCCGCCAGCUACCAAGCUACUGACGGAACCACAAGCCCUUCCAGCCAAUCCCUGCAUGACACGUGGGCCAGCCCUCACUGGAAGACUCCUCUGCCGACCCACCUGCCUGCCUCCCUCCCCUCUCUCCCUCCCAAGCCUCUCUAUGGAGUUCCCCACUACAUCUAUGCUGACCUCUAUGCUACACCUCUUCCUGAGCACCCCAACAAGAGGCUGGAAACCCAGAACAUGGAGGUAUUUUCAGGGUACUUGGCAGGGAUACCCGAGGCCCAGCAAAACAAGUAUGGUGUUUGGGCACUGCCUAGGGGCGUGGUGGUGGCUAUGCCGUCCCCCUUAGAGCCAAUGCUCAGCCGCGAGGGGGGAGGAGAAGGGGAGGAGUUUUGGCUGGUUGUGACGUAUGUGAGGGGGGGAGGGGAAGGGGUGCAGGGUGGUGGUGGUGAUGGAAUUCGUGAGGAGCGAGGAGGGGAGGAAUUGGGUGUAGGUGAAGGAGAGGAGGACCUGAGGGAUGGGCUUGAGGAUACAGGGUACAUGGCAGAAGGAGAGUGGAAGGUGCAGCAGGUGGUGAUAGCGUAUGAUGCACAGGGGCAGUUUGACUAUGUGAAGCACACCAGGUUCAUGUGA